GUUGAUCCGGCCCGCCAGCCUCGGCAUCGUCUGCCAAGCGGCGCAGCGCCGGCUGUUCGGGUACCCCCCGACAUCUACUUUUGUAUGUAAGGGGUCCCCCCAUCUUUGGAUGGAGAUAUCUUUCUCUCUCCCAACCAUUCCAUCUAAACAAAUAAUCCCACCUCCCUCCCCAACUCCAAAUCCUAACCACUACCAUGGACGUGCAGAAGCUUUUCGACGUUAAGGGCAAAGUGGUGCUGGUCACCGGCGGCGCCAAAGGCAUCGGGCGGAUGAUCUCCGAGGGCUUCGUGACCAACGGCGCGACGGUGUACAUCUCAUCGCGAGACGCGAAAGCAUGCGACAAGGCGGUCGACGAGCUCAACGCCCUCGGCACGGGCAAGGCCCAUGCCAUCCCGGCCAAUUUCUACCAGGAGGAGGAGUGCAAGCGACUCGCCGAGGAGAUCGCCAAGCGCGAAGAUAAACUGCACAUCCUGGUCAACAACUCCGGCUCCAACUGGGGUGCACCCUACGACGAAUACCCCUCCGCGGCCUGGACGCGGGUCCUCACGCUCAACCUGCACCGCGUCUUCGAUCUCACCAAGCUGCUCACCCCGCUGCUGGAGAAUGCCGGGUCGGCGGGCGAUCCGGCCCGCAUCAUCAAUAUCGGGAGCGUCGACGGGCUGAGAGUGCCGGCGCUGGAGACGUUCGCCUACAGUGCCAGUAAAGCCGGGCUGCACCAUCUGAGUCGCGUCUUGGCGUAUCAUCUCGGGAAGCGGAAUAUCACGUCGAAUUCGUUGGCGUGCGGCCCGUUCGAGAGUAAGAUGAUGGCUGCCACCCUGAAGUCCAACCGCGAGGUCAUCGAGAGCAAUAUCCCGUUGGGUCGCAUCGGGACGCCCCAGGAUGUCGCGGGCGCGUGCUUGUUCCUGGGUAGUCGGGCGGGGUCGUAUAUCAAUGGGGCGACGAUCACGGUGGAUGGGGGGAGUGUGAUUAAUGCGAAGCUGUAGGCUGGAUGUGCGUGUAUUUUCUUGGGGAAAGAAAGGCAUGGUAGUGUUUUUGUUAAUAUGGAUCGGAAUGACUUGAC